UUCGCGGCGCUCGCAGAGGGGAGGGUUCGCGUGUUUCACUACGUUGGCUUUUCUCCCAGAAAGAUUUCGGUGUGGGAAUUUCAAUUUUACAUUUCUGAGGCUCUUUAACCGGAGACCGCAUCCUCAAAGUUUCUCUGAGCGCGUCUAGACUGAAAAAGUGUGCCGGGCGUGAUGACGACAGAGGUGGGAUCAGAGACAGACGUGAAGAAGGAACCGGAGAAGGUUCCCGAGGUCCAGCAGCACACAGAGCAGCCCGACAAACCCGCUGACAGCACCGCCUCGGCCAGCUCCGACCCGCCACAGGAGGAGAGCCGGAGCGCCGAGGCCGGCAGCGACCAGGAGGCGACUGCGUCUCCGGAGCCCAGCAGUCCUCCCGCCGCUGGAGGCCAGAAGAAAGACAAGGGCAUCUCCCGCUUCCUGCCCCCAUGGCUUAAACGACAGAAGUCCCAGAGCCAAGACAAGCCCGGCGAGAGCGCAGCGCCGCCCAAGCAGGAGAGCGAGGAGGUCGUGAAGGAGGACCAGGAGGAGACGAGCCAGCCGAAAGAGCAGGAGGAGGACGGAGGAGGUGCAGAGCACAGCGAGGAGGUGAAGGAGGCGAGAGAGGAGGUGCAGCCGGAGGAGAAGGAGAAAGACGAGGAGAAGUCUAUCGGCAGUGCUGACACACAGCCUGUGAGAGAGGAGAAAGAGGGCGAAUCGGAGGUGAAGGAGAGCGACGAGAAGGAGGAAAACGAGGAGGAGAAGAAAGAGGAAGAGGAGAAAGAGGAACAGCAAGUGGUCCAGCAGGAGGCAAGUGUGCCUUCAACGCUCAAACUCAACAAGAAGAUGAAGAUGGUGGUGUGUCACGUGACCCUGCUGGACGGCAGCCAGUUCUCCUGUGAGGUGGAGAAACGGGCGAAAGGCCAGUACCUGUUUUUUCAGGUCUGCGAUCACCUGAAUCUGUUGGAGAAGGAUUACUUCGGCCUGAGCUUCAAAGACAAUGCUGAGCAGAGGUGCUGGCUGGACCCUACCAAGGAGAUCAAGCGUCAGACCCGCAACUCUCAGUGGCAGUUUUCGUUCAGUGUGAAGUUUUACCCCCCGGACCCGUCUCAGCUGACGGAGGACAUCACGAGGUAUCUGCUGUGUCUCCAGCUGAGGCAGGACAUCGCCUCGGGUCGGCUGCCCUGCUCCUUCGUCACACACGCUCUGCUGGGCUCCUACACCCUGCAGGCGGAGCUCGGCGACCACGACCCCGAGGAGCACCGCCUCGACUACAUCUCAGACUUCCAGUUCGCCCCAAACCAGACCAAGGAGCUGGAGGAGAAGGUGGUGGAGCUGCACAAGUCCCACAGGGGAAUGACUCCGGCCCAGGCGGACGCACAGUUUCUGGAAAAUGCCAAGAAGCUCUCCAUGUACGGCGUAGACCUGCAUCACGCCAAGGACUCUGAGGGAGUGGAUAUCAUGCUGGGAGUGUGUGCAAACGGUUUGCUAAUCUAUAAGGAUCGUCUGCGGAUAAACCGCUUUGCUUGGCCCAAAAUCCUCAAGAUCUCCUACAAACGCAGUAACUUCUACAUCAAGAUCAGGCCAGGAGAGGCCGAGCAGUUCGAGAGCACCGUCGGCUUCAAGCUCCCCAACCACAAGGCUGCCAAAAGAGUUUGGAAAGUCUGCGUUGAGCACCACACCUUCUUCAGGUUGGUUUCUCCCGAGCAGCCCACCAAGACCAAGUUCCUGACUCUAGGCUCCAAGUUCCGCUACAGCGGUAGAACGCAGGCCCAGACGCGACAGGCCAGCUCCCUCAUCGACCGGCCCGCACCCUACUUCCAGCGCACCUCCAGCAAACGCAUCUCACGCAGUCUUGAUGGAGCUCCUGUGGUGAACGUGAGCGAUUACAGUCAAGCUGCAGGCGCUGGAGAGAACGGCCCGGCUCUGGAGCUCAACUCUGACUCUAAGAGUCCACAGGUGGAGGUCGUGGAGAAGCCAAACGCAGACGCGGCCACAUCCAUCGCCUCUGAAACGGCCUUUGAGACGGAUGACGCUUCCGAGAGAAAGAGCAAGUUGAGAGUGCAGGGGGAAAAUAUAUAUGUCAGACAUAGCAAUUUAAUGUUGGAGGACUUGGAUAAGACCCAGGAGGAUGUGUUGAAACAUCAGGCUAGCAUUAGCGAGCUAAAGCGCAGUUUUAUGGAGGCUACGCCUGAGCCCAGGCCCAGUCAGUGGGACAAGCGCCUGACGGGCAGCCCUGCCACCUCCCUGCGCCUGCAGGCUCAAGGGAGUCUGGAAGAGGAGCUCACCUCUCUCUUUCUGAGUAAGGCGUGCUUCUCUGGGCUGGCUGGCUCCUGCAGUACAGCUGCUGCUCCAGCAGAGGCCAGUCAAGGCUCAGCUCAGCCCGAGGUUCCACAGAAAAGCCCUCCCCAUCCCGGGACAGACAGCAGAGACGCCAGCCAGAGCACAGAAGUUAAACCCGAAGUCAAUGGCCAGCCAGAAGUCGUAGAGGUCGUGGAAGAGACCGUUGUCAUCGAGGAAGUCGUCAAAGCCAAACCCAAAAGCCCCGUCCCUGAGGCGUCGUUUACCAUUGAGACGGAGGUUAAGGAGGAGAGGAGUUUAUCGUCGGACAGCGAGAGUGAAGAGGAGGCGGAGUACCACGCUCAGCCGCCCAGCACGAGCGUCUCCGUUCAGCAGAUCAAAGAAGAGCCAGAGGAGGAGCAAGAGGCGGUGCUUACUCAACAAGCCCCGCCCCCUGCGAUAGAGUCACAGCCAUCGGCGGAAGCAGCUGAGCCCGAACCUGCAGCAGAGGAAGAGAAAGCAGCCCAGCCUCGUGAGGAAGAGCACACAGACGAGCCGCCGCUGACGCCGGAUGAAGCUCCCAAUGGACACGCCCCCCAACACCAAGCCCCGCCCACUCCCCAGACUGCCGCCGCUGAGGAGGAGGAGCCUCUCAUCGUGAACGGCAGUGCCUCUCGCUUGGAAACGGAUCACCUGCCGCAGGUUAUUUGUUGUUCGGAGCCUCCUGUUGUGAAGACUGAGAUGGUUACGAUUUCAGACACGUUCGCUGCUCAGAAGACGGAGAUAUCCACUAAGGAGGUUCCCAUCGUUCACACGGAAACCAAGACCAUCACGUACGAGGCCGCCCAGCUGGAUGGUAAUGGAGACGGGGAGCCAGGCGUGCUGAUGACAGCUCAAACCAUCACCUCCGAGUCCCUCUGCACCACCACCACCACACACAUCACCAAGACACUAAAGGGCGGGCUCUCAGAAACUCGCAUCGAGAAGCGCAUCGUCAUCACGGGAGACUCUGACAUUGAUCACGAUCAGGCGCUGGCCCAGGCUAUAAAGGAGGCCAAAGAGCAGCACCCUGACAUGUCUGUCACUCGCGUGGUGGUCCACAAAGAGACGGAGCUCGCCGAGGAUGACGACUGAAGGACAGAGCUGAAGAGCGACGAGGGACACGGAGGAGACCAGAGCGGCUCUGAUCCUGUACAGAAACACUUCUUCAUCUUCUGUCAUUCAAACCAGAACCACUUAGCUAACAUUUGUAGCAUUUUAUUUUUUUAGUCUUCGUUUUAUCUCUUUCCCUCAAAAGAUCGUCUUUUCCAAUUCUGAGGACCAGAUUUGUUAUUUUUAUUGUUUAGUAGUAUUUCACAUUCCUAGUUCACGAGGAGGAGUAAUGGAUCACUUUGUGGUGGAGUACUGUGUAAUAAUAAUAGUAGGAGCGUGUGAAGAUGAUGGGGGUGGGCUGAUGAAGGGGCGGGGCUACCGAUGGGUGUGUUUUCCUGAUGAGGGACCGGCGCGGGACAGUGGUACUGUGUGGUUCUCAUGGCAGUCAUUCCUCUAUGCAGUCAAACAUUCCACCGAGGAGAGGACGAGCGGCUUCUACCUCUCUCUCUCUCAGCGGCAAGACAAACGCAAAAAACUCCACUCACCAUCAAACCUAGGCAGCUCUUUGGGAACUUUCUCAUUUCCAGCCAUUUUCUGGCACCAAUAUUCAGAUAUGUAUUUGUAGAAACCUGUUGGGUUUUUUUCUUCUUUGUUUUAAAUCAGAUGAUUUCGGGUCGAGGUCGCUCUGUUUGCCCUUUUAAAUCUUUUUAAUCUGUUUCUGAAACUUUUGAUUAAAUGAACAAAUGAGAUGAUGUUUUAGGCCCGUGUUCCCUGCUCUCUCUCCCGGCUCCCAUCUGCUCCAUCAGCCCUGUGUAUAGCAGUUAAUGGUAGAAUUGACUCUCUCUUUCUUUUUUAAGCAGCUUUGGAUGAUCUGUCAUGUUUUUAUGCCCCACCUGACCCAUUGUGUAACACUCUUCCAAUAAAAGUUUGUUUAUUCUCUAAUAA